GUAUUCAAGAUGAUUCUUGAAUUCUUUAGGGAAUAGGCCCUGAAACUAAAAUGAUAGAUCUUAUGGUAAUUCUCUGUUCUAGCCUAUGAGGGAUAACUAUCUAGUUUUCUACAUUGCCUGCUUGCUCUACUGGCAAUGCAUAAAGAUUUUUAACAGUCUCACACCUUCUCUUGCAGUUCUGUGUUUUUCUUCUUAUAAAAAAGUAUUGUGCAUAAAAUGUUUUAUUCAAGCUGAAAUAAAAAGGAAAAAGAGGUGCUUCACUUUCUCCCAUAAUUCCCUGUCCAGUUCAACAUUUCUUAUUACUACUAAGUAACUAAGCCCAUCUGAAUUCAUCUUCAAAAUGUAUAAAUACUACUACAAAAGGCAGAGCAUCUACAACUCUGCCGAAGUGAAGGAGUGGAUCUUCAGACUGACAAGCCUCCUUUGCAGUUUUUUGGUCUGGGGUUUUGGGAUAAGCCUAGCUACCAGUAGAUACUGGCGCAUUUGGGAAUUCAACAGCAAGGCUCUACCCCUGUUGUACAUUGGACUGUGGGAAGCUUAUUAUUAUCAAGAAGUCAACAAUUCAGGUUCAAUAACCAGGGUGCCAGUGUACAGUGCUAUGAACUCCAACUGGACCAUUUCAAUAGAACUUGAGUAUGCAAGGGGCCUGAUAAUAUUGUCUAAUUUUAUGCAGCCCGUAGUCCUUAUUUUUACCUCAGUGGCCAUUAUGGUCUGCUGGAUCAGAGCCCCAUACCCUGAUUUCAUGAUCCUGUGCUACAAAACAUCUGUCUUAUUUCUGAUCUUCAACAUCAUUUGCACAGUUCUGGCUGUGAGUUUGAACCACCUGGUGGACAUUUAUGGUCAAAGCACCCUUGACUUUCCACUAACAUUUCCGGUCAGUAAAAAGGAUCUGAUAAGGAAGCAGAAAACCCAUGUGCUACCACUGGGGAUGCUGACAGCUGUGCUUUCAGUCAUCAGCAUCAUUACAUUGCUUUAUGAGAUGUGGUCAAUUAUAAAGCAAAAGCCACAGUGAAGUCAAUAGUUGCCUAAAUAGAUCACUGUCUGUAGAAUUGAGCUAAGGGCUCCUGUAUCAGCAACAUCUGCCAGGAGACUCCUUCAAGAUACUUUCUGUGUGCACAUAAACCUGCUCUGGUUAUCUACUCAUGUCAAAUAAAACGUUAACUG